UGCGCUGAAACUUGAUAACCAAGCUGUCCGAACGGAGCUGGAGGAGUAUAAGAGGGAGUUGGAUGAGUACAAGAAAGAGUUGGAAUCACUCGACAAAGCAUACCAAGAGCGCGGCAAAGAAGUCGAGGCUUUCGAUAAAGCAUAUCAAGCUGACAUGGAUCAAGCGGAGGAGGAGAUGCAAAAGCUACAGCAAGAUUUGCAGAACCUGGAGCAAGAACGUGACCGUGCACUACUGAUGGCGGAUGAACAUAAUGCGGCUUUCCAGGACUUGAGGGCUGAAGCCCAGGAUGAGCUGGAUGCCCUUGGCGAGGAGCUUGAUCAGAAGACUGAAGAGUGCCAGCGAUUAGGUGAGGAGUUGAAGAUUCAAGAUGAGAAUCUCCGAGCGCUGCAGGCAGAGAUGCGCUCAGCCAGCGAAGGCAUCAUCCGACUUGAAGAAGACGCACAAAGCAAUAUGCAACGUUACAAAGCUGUCCAACAGGAGCUUGAAGAUUGUAAUCGAGAGAUGGAGUCAUUUGAAAAAAGUCUCUUCGAAGCAAAUACGAAGGUCCAGCGACUGACAGUUCAAAUUGAAUCGAGUCAGAACGAGAUUGCAUUCCUGCGAGAAGAACAAGAUGGUGAUAAGAUCAGAAUCGGUGACCUGGAGUCAGAACUAAAGACAUACAAGAUAAGCCUCCAAAGCGAAAAGGACAAGGCCAGAGAACUCGAGGAACGUCUGACAGAAGAGCGGCAUCAGCGAGAGGUCGUAGGAAGCAAGGAGAAGCAAGAAGUCCAGCGAAUCGUCAACGAGUUGAAUCGAGAAGCAUCUGCUGCCAAGGAGGAGGCGCGCAAACUCAAGAAGAGUCUAUCGGCUCAAGAAAUCGAGACUAAUACUUGGAGGGAGCGGCUCAUGGACUUGGAGAACAAUCUUCGAGAGACUUUAGGUGAUCUGACUGGUAGUCGCUCUAGCUUGAUCUCCAAAAUCAUGGAGCUUCAAAAGAAUCUCGAGUCAACUGCUUGGGAACUCGAAAGUACCCGCUCUAAACUAGACGAGACCGAGUCGCUAUUGCGAAACCGCGAUGCGCUACUUGAGAGCCACGGGUUGGAGUCUCGGAAGUUAGCUGAGCUUCUCGAACGCGAGCGACAUUCUCGCCGGGCAGAUAAACAAUCGUUUGAGCAGGCGCUUAAAUCUCACCACCAAGCAUCUCGGACCAUCACCCAAAACAAUUCACGUAUCACAGAGCUAGAAAAUGCCCGCAACCAAGAUCGCAAGCGGUUUACUAAUCUCGAGCAACAAUUCAAAGAUCAGCUCAAUGAGCGGAACACGAUGCUGCUUAUGAUCUGGAAACGUUUGUCGGCGAUGUGUGGACCGGACUGGGCGCACUCUAACAGCUUAAUCAACGGCAACCUACCAAGUCAAGAGGUCAUAGGCAACAUCCUCUUCUGGCCGGGCUUCAGCCGCAAUCUUUUGCUUGCUGUAAAGACACUGGAGAACGUGAUCUCUGGCUUCAAGAAUCGCAUUAAGGGCGUUGAACGUGACCUUACCAAGCAAUAUCAGGCCGUCGAGCACACCUUGAGCCUACGGAUCAAAAAGCUGGAUCGUUUAGAAGAGUCAAUGAUGAAUAUUCGUGCUCAACAACAUAAGCUAGGCCAAUCUGGCCUGUCGCCAGAGAUGGCCAAGCUUCGAGGGGAGAAUCGGUUGUUGAAAGCUGAGCUGAACCUGCUACAAUCUCACUCGCGCAGCCGCGGUCCUGCCGGGAUGGGGCCGAGCUCUCCACGCAUGGAGUCUGGGGCGGACGUAGAUCCAGCUUCCUUGGUUCGUCAUAAUUCAAUGGUUGAAAAGCCCGCCAUUCCCCCUAAUUCUCAGGGUUUGACGCGGAGUUCAACCAGCGGUAUACCUCAACCAUCCCAUGUCUCUUCAACCACGACACUUGCCGACGGUGCUGGGGCCAUGGUGCAAAACUCCCGCACAAGACACGCGGUAGGCGAUCAAGGGAAUAAUGAAAAAUGGAUUCAGCGCUUGCACGAACUGGAGAAAAGACUGAAGCAAGAAAGGGAAGCACGCCUGCUAGAUCGUAACGGGGCCCGCAAGCGACUUGAAGAGCGAGAUGCUGAAAACCAAAGGCUUCGAGCCCAACUAGAGAGGGAGCGUGUGCGCAAAGACAUGUCAAUGUAUUAUUCUGUUGACAACAACGCUGGUCAGGCUCGAGGGCAGAAUCUAAGGAUGAUUCAAGGAACUGAUCGUGACUCUGGUGACGGAUACGGUAAUCACAGGGAUGAUGACCCAAGCUCGAGUGAUGGAGAAGGGAUAUGUGUUGAUAUUGAGGUUUAGUGAAGCGCCCUCCUGGUCUCCGGCUAAACACCUCUCCCCGCUGUUUUGUUUUUAAGUUAUUCCGGAGCCCCCGCCCUUCUU